UAUCUAGCCAGACCAGAGGUUAUAUAGUAAUAAGAAGAAGAAUUAAACCACAGUGAUGAAAGUUUAUUUUCAUAGUUUUUAAUGUGAAAAUUUAAAUAUUAUUUACUGAAACCGUGCAACUAUUUUACAAUAAUCAUGUCAACUCCCGGAAAUGCUAUGGAUUCUCUUAGUGCGGCUUUGAAGUGUAACAUAAUUCCAAAUCAAGAGUACCUUUUACAGGGUUCAGUGCUGGAUCAAUAUGUUGAAGUUCUAUUACAUCGUUUAAGGGGUUUAUGUGACAACGUUGAUAGUGGCCCGGAGACAUUUCAUGAUCACGAACUAUGUUUUUCCUUACGAAUAAAUACAGGAGGUACCAACGCGAUGCCAAUGUCCGUAUUUUCCCUAAGAGUUCGUCGAGCAUUAGAUGUAAACGAUACACCAUUUCAAUUACGAUAUAUUGGACAGCAAGAGUUAGGAGAUAAAAAUAGACCAACAGUAGUUAGAUCAAGUAUUGACAUGGCUUGCAGUUCUACAAUAAUAGACUUUUUAACUGAACUUGGUUGUAGACUUGAUUUUGAAUAUAUUGCUAGAGGAUAUAUGUUCAGGAAAGGUAGAAUGAAAAUUACAGUUUCUAAAAUUUUUAAAAUGGGUGGAAGUAAGCCUGGUGAAAGUGUUGAACCUAUUUCUCAAAGUUACUUGGUUGAACUUUCUGUUUUGGCACCAUCUGGACAAGAUGCUAUUGGUGAAGAUAUGAGAAUAUUUGCUGAACAGCUACGACCUUUAGUACAGUUAGAAAAAAUUGAUUACAAAAGACUGGGUAAUAUUAUGUAAUUUAUUUAUGUUUUCAUAUAUGUAGUUUAUAAGAAAGAUAAUAAAAGAAGCUUAAACUCUUCAUGUGUUGUGUUAUCUUUUUAUCAGUAUUAAUCUGAAUGAGAAAGAAUUAACUUUUAUUAAAGUAUUGCACUUAUUGUCUUUUAUUUUAUGAU